UAUGGACCCUAGAUCACCAUCUUCCUCACCUUGGGGUCGAGCAGGCUCUAGGCCGACUCAUUAUCGGGUGGCGGACGAAACACCCCCAGAAUCUUUGUUCUACUCGAAUAAGGUCCAGAUCACCCUUGAAAAGGCACGUUGUAUAGUCAACAGACUCUCGAAUGUCUUAUUCAGCUCCCCUUUCUAUCUAGAUUCCGAGUCAUCUGUGAAUAACCUUAAACGUCAAGGCGAGAAAUUGAAGGCUUUCACUUUGCAGUCAUCUCGUACAGUGGGGCUUGUCGGUGAUUCGGGUGCUGGCAAAAGCAGCCUGAUCAAUUCGUUGCUUGAUUACACUGAUCUUGCUAGAGCAAGUAACAGUGGCCAAGCAUGUACCUGCGUAGUCACUGAGUAUAAGUAUCAUGAGCGCGAUGAUUUUAUGAUUGAAAUCGAAUAUCUUACAAUGGAAGAGUUGCAACUCACCUUCGAGGAUCUUCUUACAAAUUACCGCGACUAUAAAAGCUCCACCUUGAGCGAGAAGUCUACCAUUGACCAAAAGGAGUUAGAGAAAAAGGCUGAUAUUGCUCUGUCAAUCUUCAAGACCACUUUCAAAGGGCAGCUGGAAGACUCUCCGACCGUACUCUCCAGUAUGGCGUUCAAUAUCGCUGUGGAAACAAUGCUAGACUGGGCAAGACAACUACUUCCCCCUCCUUCCGUGUUUGGGUCGGGAAGCCCGAUGCGGCCUCAAGAAUGGUACACCCGCGCAGAAGACUGUUCUAAUCGUUUAAGUCAACUCACAUCUGAAGCAACCUCACCGGAAUCAAGACAUCAAUCGCAUCCAUGGCCCUUGAUAAAGAAGAUUACAGUUCACCUGAAUAGCUUCAUCCUAAGCAAAGACUUGGUCAUUGCAGACCUUCCAGGCUUGCGCGACUCCAAUCUAGCUCGCCAAAACAUCACCGAGCGAUACAUUCGGGUAUGCCACCAAAUCUUGGUAGUUGCAAGAAUUGACCGGGCCAUUACCGAUCAAAGCAUCAGAGAUAUUUUUGACCUGGCUCGCCGAGCUAAUCUCUCUAACAUCGGUAUUGUCUGUACAAGAUCAGAUGAUGUUGAUGUUGCGCAAGCAAAACAUGAUUGGCCCCGCGAAAGAAAGAAGAUCGAACAGGCAAUGGCUGCCAUCAAUGCACUCGAUGAAGAUCUGAAAGCUCUUUCCAAUGAAGAUGGUUUUGGCUCCGCUGCCGAAGAAAAUGUAUUACUGAAACAACGUGAAGAUUUGAGAACGAAAAAAGACACGAUCAGAUUUGAAUUGAAUGAGCAUCUCAUUCAAAUUCGCAAUGACCACGUGUCUGACGCCGUGCGAAAACAGUACGAAAACCAGAUUCCUGCCGAUAUACUGCGAAUAUUUUGUGUGAGUAACACUAUGUAUCGGAAGUUCCGCCCAAAGGCAAUGAAGUACGCGGAGCCUCGACUACAACUGAGUGGUAUAAUCGCGCUGCGGCGUUACUGCAUCGGAAUCGUAGCCGACAGUCACUACCGAGCAACAUUGGACUUUGUGAAUGACGAAGUACCGGCAUUUGUAGAUUCUUUGCGCACUUGGUAUGAGUCAGGCUCCGAGAGCGCAAGUGCGGAGAGAAAAGAUGAAGUUCUCGAAGCGUUGGAUAGUGUUGAGAAUGAACUGGAUGAGUUGACAUCGCCAGUGUCCGAACUGGACGACAUUUUCGACACUCUACAGAAUUUGUUUCGAACACAUUUACGAGAAGACAUGAGCCAAGCACAAUCUGUUUCGAAAUGGAGUAGAAGCGCCGGGAAUGCUAGCACCUAUUGGCAUGGAUGGUAUCAUAACACUUAUAGCGCAUUCUGCAAGAAUUAUGGCAUCUACUCUACUGCAAAGCAGCCAUACACUAACUGGAACGAGGAAGCCAUGACUGCCAUGGUUGACGACAUGACACCGGAAUGGGACAAAUUUUCCAAGCUUAUCAAUGAAACACUGGAUGAAAUAAAAGGUUUCGUAAAGGAAUCUUUUACAACAGCCAUAUCUGAGGCUCCAACUAGGGCUCAGAUGUUUAAUUCUCGAGGGAUGCAGUCAACAUCCUCACCCCUUGUUCACACCCUCCGGCAUCGCCAGCGUCUAGCUAUGCGCGGUAUUGAAAAUAUAAUCGAUGAUUUUAUGGACGAGCGGCUAGGGAGACUUCGUACCGACGCUUUAUCUCCAGUCCACACCGCGUUUAUCGGUGAACUAAUGAACGGCUCAUACCACGCUGCGAACAUGGAAUCAGGAUCUGGCAGUGAUAGACGCCGCAAAACCCUCGUCACGUCUCGCUUCGGCUCUUCAUCUCUCUUUCACGAACAUCGCCGUCUGGUUCAAAACGCGUUUGAGAGUCUUGCCAAGGAUUUGGAACGGCAGCUCAAGGAGCUUGUGAAGGAGCAGGUGCAGCUCAUCAUCAAUGACAUCAAUGUCAUACGUAACGAGAAUGUGAUUGAGGAGAGCGAGAGAAAUCCUGAGUUUCGGGAAAGGUUGGGCGAGGAGAUGAGGAGAGCGAGUGCAGAGUUGAGAGGAUUGAGGUUGGGGGAAUUGUUAGAUGAUGUGGAGUAG